AUACGACAACCGUCAAAUGUUUUCCUGGUGAAAAUUCCUUCCCACCUCUCAGAGUACGGAGUACGAAGAUUGAUUAGUCUAUAAAUAUUGACCUGAUUGAAAAAGUAAUAGAUUGCAGGUAUCGACUAUAGGUGCAUAACAUAGUUUAGAGUAUGGCAGAUAAACCGGAAGAAAAUAAGAAACCGGAAGAAAGUAAGAAACCGGCAAAGGCAAAAGAACCUGAAGAUGAUGAAUUUGCAAAUCUGAAAGAUUUGGAUAUCGACAGAGGGCAACUGAAAAUGUUGAAGGAAAUCUUCAAUGCUUUCGACUUGGAAAAAUCUGGAAAUAUUGGAGUAGAAAUGAUAGGACAAAUUUUGGAUAUGUUGGGUCAACAACUCAGUUUAGAUGAAUUGCAGGCAAUCGUCAGGGAAAUUGAUGCCGAUGGUAAUGGUGUUAUGAGUUUCGAAGAGUUCGCACACCUUGCUGCAAGAUUUCUCAUUGAAGAAGAAGAGGAUACAGAGGCCAUUCUCAGAGAGCUCAAAGACGCCUUCAGGUUGUACGACAAACAAGGUUUGGGCUAUAUUGGCGUUGACCUACUUCGGGAAAUCCUCAAAGAAUUGGAUGAUAAAAUUACUCCCAAGGAUUUGGAUCAAAUGAUAGAAGAGAUAGAUACUGAUGGAUCGGGAACAGUCGAUUGGGAAGAAUUCAAAGCUAUGAUGAUAGGAUGAAUAGGACUAGAAUACGAACCAAAUAUUACUGAUACUUAUAAAUAUUAUUCGAAAUGUGAGCAUCUGUUCGAUGUGAAGACUUGGGAAUUUUGCCAAGCUUUUAUUAUUUAUGAUGAACUAACUUCAAAGCUUUAUAUUGGCAGGAAUAUAUGUAAUCACAAUCAUUAAUUUACCCUGAAUUAUUGAUGAUGUUCAUUUAUCAAUAAAGUUUGAUUUAUCAACGGUCCCCAUA